GAGGCUGCUCAGAACUACGUCGAUAGGUCCAAGAACGACGUCAUGGCUGCCAUCCAAUGUAUGCGAGCCCAGCUUUGCAGCGUCACGUUCACGCAGCAUUUCAAGACCUUCGACCUCUCCAUCGAGCGCCGCUUCACAGAAGUCAUGCGCAUGAUCGACGACCAGGAUGAUAAGUUCAACGCGCCCGAGAAGGAAGUGGAGAACCUCAAGCAACUGCUCGGAGUCAUUAAGAAAGAGGGGCCCAAGGCCGUCACUUUGGGUUUUGGAUACGACAGGAAUGUUGGCGAGACGAUCCUCGUGCUCCGCUCUCGCGACCUCGUGCCCAAGGCGGCGAUGCGAC